GCUCCAGAUGCUGCGGGAGUCAAUCACGUAACGGAGAUCCAUUUGCUAAACUCGAACUUUUCGGGAGUUCUUUCUCCUGAUAUUGGAUCCCUGAGCUCUCUCAAAGCAUUGGACCUUAUGUGGAACAGUCUGAGUGGAAGCAUUCCUCCAUCUAUCGGGAAUCUGUUGUCGCUGGAGCUUUUGCUUCUUAACGGGAAUUCUUUCACUGGUCAUCUUCCGGAUGAAAUUGGAAACCUUGUGAACCUUGAUCGGCUUCAAGUUGAUCAAAACAAAUUUUCGGGGCCGAUUCCAUCAACCUUGACAAAGCUAGUUAAUGCAAAGCACCUGCACAUGAACGACAAUGCCUUUGACGGCAGUAUUCCAUCUGGUUUGGGAAGGAUACCCGCAAUCCAUAUACUUUUAGAUAACAAUAAUUUAACUGGGAAGCUUCCACCCGACAUUGGCAACAUAUCGCAACUCCAGAUACUGCAGUUGGACAACAAUCCUUUUGAUGCACAGGAGAUUCCGAGCACGUAUACGACGUCGCUUGUACAGCUUAUCAAGCUGAGCAUGAAAAACUGCAACUUGCGAGGAUCGAUGCCCGAUCUCUCUGCACUCACCAAGCUACAGUCUCUGGAUUUGAGCAAAAAUCAAAUGGACGGAGUCUUUCCGAACAUGAGUUUGCCCUCGCUAAUAACGAUAGAUCUCUCAAAUAAUCAGUUUACUGGCGACAUUCCAGUCGAAGCUGCGGGCAUCGAGACUCUAGAAUUGAUGUGAGUCACUGCGUUCUCUUGGUAGCUUACACUUCGUGGAAAAUCCAGGUCUUUACAGAGCAAUCUCUUGAAUGGUUCUCUGGAUCAGCUUUUAAUCACCCUCCGUGGUAGAACGAGCGACAAAUUA